AUGAGGACAGAAGAGGAGCCCAGAAACCCUCCAGAGAUGCUGCGCCUGCUUCUGCCGCUGCUGUGGGCAGGGUCCUUGGCCGAGGAUAAGAACUACCGGGUGACAGUGCAGAAGUCCGUGACGGUAGAGGAGGCCCUCUGUGUCUUUGUGCCAUGCGAUGUCAUCUACCCCCACUACUACUGGACUGAUUCUACCCCAGCGCACGGCUACUGGUUGCGGGACAAGGCCAAUACAGACAAAGAUACCCUAGUGGCCACAAACAACCCAGGUCAUGAGGUGCCGGAGGAGACCAGAAACAGAUUUCAUCUCAUUGGGGACCCCCGGACUUAUAACUGCUCCAUGGACAUCAGAGACGCAAAGACAAGGGACACUGGGACAUACCACUUUAGGGUGGAGAGAGGGUCCUAUGUGAGAUACAGUUACAAAACGGACCGGCUCUCUGUACGAGUGAUAGGUCUGUCACGGGAACCUGACAUUCACUUUCAAGGGUUCCUAGAAUCUGGGAACCCCAAGAACAUUACCUGUAUGGUGCCAUGGGCCUGUGAGAGAGGGACACCCCCAGAAUUCUACUGGACUGGAGUCAACAUCACCUCGCUGGGUUCCAGGACUUUCGACUCCUCAGUCGUCACCUUCACACCAGGGCCCCAGGACCACGGCGCCAACCUCACCUGUAGAGUGACCUUCCCUGGAGCUGGCGUGAGCACGGUGAAGACCAUCCAGCUCAAUGUGUAUGCACCACAGAACCUGACCAUUCGUGUCUUCAGGGGAAACAGCACAGUCCCAGAGGUCCUGGGGAAUGCCACCUCCCUGCAAGUCCAGGAGGGCCAGGCCCUGCGCCUGGUCUGUGAAACGGAUGGCAACCCCCCAGCCAAGCUGAGCUGGUCUCGUGGGAGCCUGACCCUGAGCCCCUCCAAGCCCUCGGAUCCAGGGAUCUUAGAGCUGCCCCAGGUGGUCUUGUCAGACGGAGGGGAAUUCAUCUGCCGAGCUCAGCACCCACGGAUCUCUUACAGCACAUCCCUGAACCUAGUUGUGCAGGGACCGAGGGCACAGUGGGUGCUGGUGGUUAUCGGGCAGGCAGCUGUCAUAACCCUGCUCCUCCUCCUGGUCAUCAUCAUCCUCACAGUGAAGUCCUGCAAGGGGAAAGCAGCCAGGGCCACAGAAAACAUGGAGUAUGCAAACAUCGUCCCAGGUCGGGCCCUCCGGUGA